UGACUCAGCUCUCCUCUGCGUAUUUUGUUGGGACGUACGCACGCAUUAACCCUAGAGCGAGAAACAUUGUAGAGAGAGAGACUGAACUAGAGAGGAGAGAGAGAGAGAGAGAGAGAAGAGAGAAGAGAGAAGCAGGGGAGUUUGUCGCUGUGUAUGUAUGGUGGAGUUGACACUGACUCUAAUUGCUGCUCUCCAACCAACCACACCAUUAAAGAAGUUCGAUUGAAAAUCCGAACGGUUGUAGGUGUGUGUAUAUAUAUAUAUAUAUAUAGUGAUUGUUGUGUACAGAGGAGGUGCGGCGGAGGACUGGAGGUUUGGUAUGGCGGCGUCAUCGGCGGUGUGCUCAUGGCGGAUUGCCGCCGCAUGCAUGUCCGACAGGGACGGGUCUCCAGUUCCCCUGGUCUCAACGACGUCGUCUUGUUGCUCCCGCCGCGGGACCAAAUGUGCUCAUCUCUUCGCCUUCCCGCCCUGCGAUCAAUUUUACAAAUCCGACGGAUCGAGGACCGCUCCGCCGCGUUGCAGGCGGCGGAAACACCUCCGCCGCUCCGUGAUUUCUGAAGGAGCAAUGGCCAUAGCUCUAGAUCCUUCCAUGGAGUUCAUCCGUAAGGCUAAGCCUCCAACAGUUCAAAGGCGAGUCGUCGUCACCGGCAUGGGUGUGGAGACAUCACUUGGUCACGAUCCAAACACAUUUUACAACAAUUUGCUCGAAGGAAUCAGCGGAAUUAGUGAGAUAGAAGGAUUCGAUUGUUCGCAGUAUCCUACUAGAAUUGCAGGAGAGAUUAAAUCAUUCUCCACCGAUGGAUGGGUUGCACCUAAACUAUCCAAAAGAAUGGACAAGUUCAUGCUUUACAUGCUAACAGCAGGGAAGAAAGCUUUAGCCGACGGCGGCCUUACGCAAGAGGCCAUGGAAGAAUUGAACAAAGCACGAUGCGGCGUCCUCAUUGGAUCGGCAAUGGGAGGGAUGAAAGUUUUUAACGACGGUAUUGAAGCGCUGCGCAUUUCAUAUAGGAAGAUGAAUCCAUUUUCUGUUCCUUUUGCAACUACCAACAUGGGUUCGGCCAUGCUCGCCAUGGAUCUGGGAUGGAUGGGCCCGAACUACUCCAUAUCGACUGCUUGCGCUACUAGUAACUUUUGCAUUCUGAACGCGGCUAACCACAUUGUCCGAGGCGAAGCCGAUGUGAUGCUUUGCGGUGGCUCGGAUGCCGCAGUCAUACCCAUUGGGCUAGGAGGCUUCGUUGCGUGCCGGGCUCUGUCGCAACGAAACUCUGAUCCGACUAAAGCAUCUCGCCCUUGGGAUAUCAGUCGGGAUGGAUUUGUAUUAGGCGAGGGCGCCGGAGUGCUGCUCUUGGAGGAACUGGAGCAUGCUAAGAAUCGAGGCGCUACUAUCUACGCGGAAUUUCUCGGCGGAAGCUUCACUUGCGAUGCUUAUCACAUGACGGAGCCUCAUCCCGAAGGAACUGGAGUCAUUCUAUGCAUAGAGAAGGCUCUGGCUCAGGCGGGAGUGUCUAGGGACGACGUGAAUUACAUAAACGCGCAUGCAACGUCGACACCUUCUGGCGACCUAAAAGAGUACCAAGCGCUACUUCGAUGCUUUCCGAAUAAUCCCGAGCUAAGGGUGAACUCUACAAAAUCGAUGGUCGGCCACCUGCUCGGAGCAGCCGGUGCCGUCGAGGCCGUCGCAACGGUACUGGCAAUUAGGACCGGGUGGAUUCAUCCGAACAUCAAUCUUGAAGAUCCGGACGACGGUGUGGACACGAAUGUGCUCGUUGGACCAAAGAAAGAAAGAAUGGACGUGAAGGUGGCGCUGUCCAAUUCAUUCGGAUUCGGAGGACACAACUCGUCGAUCUUGUUCACGCCGUAUAUGUAAAGAUUAUCGCCGCCAAAAAGAAAUUCGAUUCGAUUUAGUUCGAUUAGAAGAUCAGCCGUAUGUACAAAGAAAGAAUAAUAAAUUAAUAUUUUUCGCAAGAUAAAUAUAAACAAAUAAAAUAAGAAAGAGUAAUGUCUGAGCCCGGGUUCGAACCGGGGACCUCUAGUGUGUGAGACUAGCGUGAUAACCAACUACACCACCCAGACGAGUUGUUGUAAUUUUUAUUUGUUAUUAUUUAAUGUAAAUGUUUUUGUCACCAUUCAA